AUGUCUUAUUGCAGUUUCGACCUCCUCUUUGAUGCGUUUUCCAAGAGAUUCGAUUUGCUCAAGAAUCAUAAGGCGAUUCCACAAAACUCGGUUAUGUUUUCCUGGAACUACAAGAGCCGAGUCAAUUGGAGACCUGUCAGCAUCAAAAAAAAGAUCUACAAAGAUGGUGAAACAUCCGAGCGUGUGUUGAUCACUAACGUGGCCAAGAAGCAGGCGGAUCUCAUCAGAGAGCCCAUCAAGGAUUCAACUGCAAACAACAAACCAACCACUCAAAUUGAUCCAGUUGGGUUUGCGAAUGUUGCUCGAAUCAACACAACUCAGGCACAGAAGUCAACCAAACCAAACAAGAAAAUCGUACCGGAAGAGUGUACCAAGCCGGAAAAAUGUAUUGAUAUGAAAGAAACAGGAAAAAUCGCCGAGAAUAGGAAGUGCGCACUGCAUGGUGAGUUCGCGAAGAAACCGAGAUAGACAAUAACUUUAUUCCAGACAAGAUCAAAAAUUGCAAUAACAUCGACACAGCCGAACCAAAGAAACCAGUGGAGCCGGCGAUUGGAGAGGUGUUGGAGGGAACAGCAAAGCCGGAGAAGCGUGUGAAUGAGCCAACCGAUCCGGUGAAGUCACUCCAGGCGCAGAACCCGGCCGAGAAUGGAAAAUCCGCACUGCAUGGUGAGUUCGCGAAGAAACCGAGAUAGACAAUAACUUUAUUCCAGACAAGAUCAAAAAUUGCAAUAACAUCGACACAGCCGAACCAAAGAAACCAGUGGAGCCGGCGAUUGGAGAGGUGUUGGAGGGAACAGCGAAGCCGGAGAAGCGUGUGGAUAAGCAAUCCGAUCCGGUGAAGUCACUCCAGGCGCAGAAACCGGCCGAGAAUGGAAAAUCCGCACUGCAUGGUGAGCUCGCAAAGAAUUUCUGUAUAGACAAUAACUUUAUUCCAGACAAGAUCAAGAGCUGCAAUAACCUGGACGCAGCCAAGCCGAAGAAACCAGUGGAGACGACGAAUGAAGAGGUGUUGGAGGGAACAGCAAUGCCGGAGAAGCGUGUGAAUGAGCCAACCGAUCCGGUGAAGUCACUCCAAUCGCAGAAACCGGCCGAGAAUGGAAAAUCCGCACUGCAUGGUGAGCUCGUAGAGUAUUUUGGGCUAGUUAAUUGUUUCAUUCCAGGCAAGUUCAAGAAAUCUGACGACAUCGACACAACCGAGCCGGUAAUAUCACUCCGAUCGCAGAAACGGGAAGAGAAUGGUGAGCAAUCUGUGAUGGGUGAGUUUGCGAAGCCUUUCAAGAUAGACAGUAACAUUAUUCCAGACACGAUCAAAAACUGCAAUAACCUCGACACAGUCGAACCAAAGAAACCAGUGGAGACGACGAAUGAAGAGGUGUUGGAGGGAACAGCAAAGCCGGAGAAGCGUGUGAAUGAGCCAACCGAUCCGGUGAAGUCACUCCAGGCGCAGAACCCGGCCGAGAAUGGAAAAUCCGCACUGCAUGGUGAGCUCGCAAAGAAUUCCUGUAUAGACAAUAACUUUAUUCCAGACAAGAUCGAGAACACCGAUCACCUCGACGCGGUCGAGCCGAUGAAAUUACUCCAGUCGAAGAGACAAGCCGAGAAUGGUGAGUCCUCAGUGAUGGGUGAGUUCGCGAAGCAUUACGAGAUAGACAAUAACUUUUUUCCAGACACGAUCAAGAGCUGCAAUAGCCUCGACACAGCCAAGCCGAAGAAACCAGUGGAGACGACGAAUGAAGAGGUGUUGGAGGGAACAGCAAAGCCGGAGAAGCGUGUGGGUGAGCCAUCCGAGCCGGUGAAGUCACUCCAGGCGCAGAAACCGGCCGAGAAUGAAAAAUCCGCACUGCAUGGUGAGCUCGUAGAGUGUUUUGGGCUAGUUAAUCGUUUCAUUCCAGGCAAGUUCAAGAAAUCUGAUCACAUCAACACAACCGAGCCGGUAAUGUCACUCCGAUCGCAGAAACAGGCAGAGAAUAGUGACUGCUCAGAGAUGGGUGAGUUCGCGAAGCAUUCCGAGAUAGACAGUAACUUUAUUCCAGACACGAUCAAGAACUGCAAUAACAUCGGCACAGCCGAACCAAAGAAACCAGUGGAGCCGGCGAUUGGAGCGUUGUCGGUGGGAGCAGCGGAGCAGGAGAAGCGUGUGGAUGAGCCAUCCGAUCCGGUGAAGUCACUCCAGGGGCAGAACCCGGCCGAGAAUGGAAAAUCCGCACUGCAUGGUGAGCUGGCGAAGAAUUCCUGUAUAGACAAUAACUUUAUUCCAGACAAGAUCGAGAACUCCGAUCGCCUCGACGCGGUCGAGCCGAUCAAAUCACUCCAGUCGCAGAGACAAGCCGAGAAUGGUGAGUCCUCUUUGAUGGGUAAGUUCGCGAAGCAUUCCGAGAUAGACAGUAACUUUAUUCCAGACAAGAUCAAAAACUGCAAUAACCUCGACACAGCCAAGCCGAAGAAACCAGUGGAGACGACGAAUGAAGAGGUGUUGGAGGGAACAGCGAAGCCAGAGAAGCGUGUGGAUGAGCCAUCCGAGCCGGUGAAGUCACUCCAGGCGCAGAAACCGGCCGAGAAUGAAGAGUUCUUAGUGAUCGGUAAGCUCGUUGAGUAAUUUGGGCUAGUUAAUCGUUUCAUUCCAGGCAAGUUCGAGAAUUCCGAUCACAUCGAUAAAGCCAAUCAGGAGAGGAAGAGAGAUUUUGGUGAAUCAACCGAGCCGGAGGAAGAGGCCGUGUUGGAAGCGUCAAAUGAGCCGAAAAGAAAAGAGGAGCAGAAAGAACCAGCUGAAUCUGUCCUGCUCAGCGACAUCGCCAACAUCGCCUUUUCCGAGCCUGCUGAGCCUGCCCAGUCUGCCGUGUCUGCUGAUCUUGUUAGCAAGGUCCAGUCCGAGAAGUCGCGACAAGAAUCCAACCCGGCUGAAGAUUCGGAGCAUGUCAAGCCUGCCGAUCCAGUCGCACAGGAAAAGGAGAACGGAAUAUUGGAGCAAGCGGAACAAGUCAAGACGGAUCCAGAACGAGUCGAAAAGGAAAAUCUGUUGCUAGAAGUUCCCAAGAAGAAAAGAGUUUAUAAAAAAGGUCAAGCGGCAAGGUCAGUAUUUAUCACUUCGAUCUACAUUCCUCUUUAGUAAUCUGCAUGUAUAGCCGCAAAAUCUGGUCGAAAAUAUAGUUAUUUUUGCCAAUCACAUAUUUCGUUUUUGACGACUGAUUUUCAUGACAAAAAAAACAAAACUCCUGAUAAGAUAAGCAUUUCAAGAAACCAUUCAUGAAAAAAAAUGCUGAAAAUUACUUGAAUCUAAAGAACAGUGUGAAAGGCACCAACAAAUUUCUGUAAAAUAUAAAUAACAUAUCAAUUGCUCUUUUUGUUUCAGGACGACGCCGCUCAAACUGAAAAAGAAGCCGUCGAGUCUGAAAAAGAAGAGUAAGAGUUCCGAACAAGCACCCGUUGCAAGAAAGAGCCUAAGGUCCAAUGGCUUCAAGUAAGUGCCAAUUUCAUGCAACCUUCACCUCAUAAUCUUUAUUUUCAGAGUUGUCGCGGAGGAAAUGAAAGGAGAGGACGACUUCCCGAAACUCACCGAAGGAGAAGAAGCAGAAGUCACCAGUGUGCUGUCAAACUGGCGCCUCCAUAAGAAGAUAAUCGAAGGAGUCAUCGUGGCUGCAGACGACUUCAAAAGUCUGGAUUGUGGAAACUUCGUCACCGACAACGUGAUAGACUCAUAUCUUGAGUUGAUAAAGAAGAGAAGCCAGGCGGACAGCUAUCCGACAGUCAGCUACCUGAGCGCCUCCAUCUUCGUCGAUUUCAUGACGGAAGACAGACGCAUACAAGCAAAAAUUAUAACGGAAUGGAUCCCUCAAGAUGCGUUUGAUGGUGACCUCGUGUUUAUACCGGUUCAUCACCGUCCCGACUCUCACUGGAGCCUUCUCGUGGUCGAUAAGAAGGCAAAACGAGUCGACCACUACGACUCAUUCUUCGCAAAAUCGGAGAAAAUUCUUAAUGCCGCCCGAGACCUGCUGGCCAUGAAGAACGAUAUGCUAGGUUCGGGUCUUCUAAAUUUGAACGAAUGGACUUUCAACUUCAUGGAACAGGCGCCGCGCCAGACGUACGGAGACUGCGGCAUCUUCACCGUUCAGUUUGCCGAAUGGCGCUCGAGAAGGAAGGAGCCGGGUUUCACUUCGUCAGAUAUGAAUUAUUACCGCCACAGAAUGGUAAUGGAAAUAAAAGAGGCGGCGCUCCGAACAAAAAUUUAG